AUGGAAUCGGAUCCGUUUGAGGAGCCGCUCGAGCCACAGCAGCCGACCGCCGCGGCGGGCGCCGCUGCCUAUUUGAACGACAUGAAGACGUCUACUCUCAACACCGUCCGCACGCUGGUCUCCCAGGAAAAGGUCCGCUUCGUGCAGGACGGCUUCGAUCUCGACCUCUCCUACAUCACGGACAACAUCAUCGCUCUGGGCUACCCGGCCGAGAAGCGCAUCGAAGCCGCCUACCGCAAUGACAUCAAUGAGGUGAAGGAGUUCUUUGAGAAGUACCACGCGGGCCACUACCGCAUCUACAACGUGUCGGGCAAGCACUACGACCGGGCCAAGCUCAACCACCAGGUGGUCGACAUCGGGUGGCCCGACCACCACUCGCCCACCCUCGAGAUACUCAUCACCAUCGUCGAGAUCAUGUCCGCCUGGCUCGACCAGGACCCCGCCAACGUCGUCGCCAUCCACUGCAAGGCGCGUGCGGGUCGCGGGCGAACGGGCACGGUGGUGGCGGCGCUGCUGCGGCACCGGGGCAUCUGCCAGAGCGUGGAGGAGGGUAUCACCUACUUCGCCUCCAAGCGCUCGACCAAGGGCGGCGGCCUCGGCGGCGUCUCGGUCCCCUCCCAGAAGCGAUAUGUGGGUUAUUUCGACAAGGUGCUCAAGAAGGAGAUCGACGCCUUCCCGGCCAAGAAGCUCAAGAUCGUGAGGCUCAUCAUGAGCCCCAUUCCGCUACUCGACACCCUGGGCAAACAGUUCACGCCGGUGGUGGAGAUCAUCGACGCGGCCGACGCGGCGAAGCCGGCGUUCAAGAGCACGCCGGACAAGACCUACACGGCCCUGCACGGCUCCAAGAUCGUGCUCGAGGUGGGCGCCGUCGUGGCGGGCGACGUCCUGGUCCGGCUGUACCACCAGCAGUCCUACCUCCUCACCAGCAAGCCCGUCAUGGUCCUCCGGUUUGCGUUCCACACAAAUUUCCACCAGGGCGAGGAGAUGUUGGAUCUGCCGGUGAAGCAGCUCGACAGCCCCAAGCACGGCGUGCUCAAGGACCCGCGCUUCCCCGAGGACUUCCUCCUCCGCUGCGUGCUCGACAAGGCCGACUAG